AUGUCUCUGUAACUUAGUAGUCAAAUGACUGGAACAAGUAAAAGAGUGUCUGCAGAGUGCUCUGCCACUUGUAUGCUAAUUUCAUGUGCAGACUGUUCUGUUGAUCCGAUGAACUGAUCAACUGGAGCCCUACUUGUAACCAGCAGAGUGCCAGUAAAGAUGUGAUUUAUGAUGUUUUCAGUUUUGUUUAGCAAAAUUACGUGAGAAAAUGGAAAAGCGGUGUCCUUGAUCUUUGAGGCUAUGACUGUCAGACUGAUUGAAACUGAUGUGGUUAAUAUGGUUCUAUAUUUAAGAGAUGAGGAAUUAUUUACAUUUGACAGAUAUUUGUCCUCAUCUUGUUUGUUGUUAACUCCAGCUAUUCGACCACUGAUCCCCUGAGACCAAUAGCACCGUCAGGUUUUGAUAUUGUCAAAUAACAAUAGGUAUAGUGGUCUGCAUCAGGAAAUUUGGGUUAGUUAAUCAUAUCGUCACCACUUUUCCAAAGAUUACAUUAUGAAAUUACACUCAAUUUUCGUUCACUUGAAUAUAAAUAUUUACUUAAAAAUAAAUAAUUUUAAACCAACUAACAUUAAAUUAUAUUUUACUGAAAUUUGAAGCUUUGCUCAGCGGCCAUAUCAUUGGCAUUCAGAUUUUUCCGAGGCUAGUUAAGUGAGUGAGUUAUCGAACCUGCAGGCUCUGGAAACUAACAUUGCACCAACUUUUGACCCUUCUCGGUGUUAUGAAGUUAUGCCUCCCAAAGUAUCAGCACUGGGUCGUCUCACCAGGAGUGCUAUGAAGGCAAAGGAAAGACGGAAAAAUGAAACUACAGAAGAAAGGCAGUUAAGAUUACGAAAUCAUAGGCAAAGUCAGAUUGCUAGACGGCGGGCAGAAACACCAGAACAAAGACAAGCAAGAUUAGAAGAUCGGAAACAGAAGACAAAUGCUUAUAGGAAUGCUAUGAGGGUAAAGGAAAGACGGAAAAAUGAAACUGCAGAAGAAAGGCAAUUAAGAUUACGAAAUCAUAGGCAAAGAGAGCUUGCUAGACGGCGGGCAGAAACACCAGAACAAAGACAGGCAAGAUUGGAAGCUCAGAAACAGAGGACAAAUACUUAUCGUACAAGUCUCAAGAUAAAAAUGACACAGGAAAAAAAGAAUAAAACACAGCACCUUGGGAAGCAACACCUGCAGAAUCAAAAGUUAAGAAAUCAACAAUCACAUGACAUAUGGCAAAUGGACAGUGCUUUAUCAUCUCCAAAGACUUCAAAAUGUGUACAUCUAACUACUAAAAUGCCAGUCCAGCAAGAUUCAAGUUUAUCACAAGCAUCGCAAAAUAUUACAAAGCCAGCUCAGGUGUUGACUUCACCAUUUCAAAUAACUCCAUCCAAAUCAAAGCUGGUGAAAGAUCCAAAUCAAACAACUGUAUCUAAAUCAAUAAUUAGGAAAAAAGAUUUACUGAAACGAAAAUUGCUAGUUACUAGUCAUCAACAUUGUGUCAUAUCUAACCUAGCAUCUAUGUGGAGAAGUAGAAAAUUAUGUGAUGCCAGUAUUAGCAAUGGCUCAUCUACUGUGAUGGUCCAUAAAAUAGUCUUGUCUGCUGUGUCUCCAAAACUGUUCUCAAUAUUUAGUACACACAUCUCUUCUGAGGUUUUUGAAGUAAAAUUUCCUGAAGUAAGCACAGAAACUUUAAUGGCUUUUGUUGAAUACAUAUAUACUGGACUAUUAGAUCUUGAUCUUAAUAUUUUACAACAGCUAAAAGUCAUUGCAAAACGAUUAGACAUGAAAGAUUUACAAAAUCUGUGUGAUGCUCAUCUUCAAAGUGGAGCACGUCAGCAACUUGCUUCAACAGUCACUGCGUUUGAUGAUACCAGGCAGAUGCCAUCUUUUGUGUCCAAUACAAUAAGCAAAACAGAUGCAAUGAUUCAGACAUCUUCUUCAUUUCCUACUCCAAUAUCAACCAAAUUUGUUUCAGCUGUCCAUACAGAGGAUAUUAAGCAGGAGAUUUCUCAAAAUGAAUUAGCAGAACUUAAAGAAGAUACACUUAGAACCUUUAAGCAAGAGUCUCAGGCUUCAUCCCUGGACACUAACGGUGGCAACCCUCCAGUUGGUUCUCUUAUUCUUCCCACUGUAAAAAUCGAGCCUGUAGGACCUGAUGAUGACGAAUAUGGUCAAAUGAAUAAAAGAGCUUACACAUCUGGUUCAGUUUCAGAUAAUUCUCAGGCACUAAACACUCCUUUGAAUUCUAUAGCUGUAUCCACUACAGAUUUUAGCUUACCGUUUUCAGAUACCACAAAUAGCAAAGCAACAGCAAAUAAGAUAUAUGGAACAUCACCCAAAUUAAAAUCUAAUGUAUUUGAAAGUUCUCCAGUUUCUGACUUAUCUCCUGUGUCAUAUAGUGAAGAAAAACUGUGUUCUGAAUCUAGACUCAUAAGAGAAGACUCUUCUAAACCGUUAACUCGCACUGUAGCAACUCAGUCAAUUGACAACAGUGUGAAUUAUGGUAGCAAUGAUGAUGUCUAUCCUGUAGGACUUUUUACAGCAGAAGGGGACAGAUUACCAUUAUCAUCAACACAAGUUACCAAUGUCAAAAAUACAGGUUUAUAUAAAACAGAUGGUUUUACUUGAUAUCAGAAAUAGUUUUCAGUUUACACACACAUACACACUGAUAAAUUGAGCUUUAGUUUUGUAAUAAAUAAUUUUUGAAAUAC